AUGGCAAAAUCCUCUGCAGCAGAUACUGAACCACCACAACAACAGCAACAAAAACCUAAUCGUACUCGUCGUCAUAUUAACAACAAUAAUAAAGCAAUGCCAACAAUAAAAUAUUAUAAUUCAACAGAAUUAAAUGUUUCUAGUGGAAAUAUGAUUUUUGAAGGAAUUAAUUUAAAUUAUACACAUGGAAAAAUGAAUGUAACUGGAACAACGUUUAUAUUAUCUGGAUUACCACAUUAUUCUGAAUAUCAUAUUACAGUCUAUGCCUGUCAAAAUAUUAGUGCUCCAGAUAAUUAUUGUUCAGGAAGGCCAGCAUGGACAUCUGCAAGGACUUUGCCCAUACCUGAAAAUGAUAUGAUUGACCCAAAUACAAUUUUAUUAUCAAAUUCAACAACAGACAAAAUUAAUGAAAAAAGAAUUUAUUGGGAACCACCAGAAUUUCCCAAUGGUUUUAUUCUUGCAUUUAGAGCAAAACUUACAAAAAAUGAUGACAGUACACCCUAUGAUCAAUGUAUUACCUUCGAGAGAUUUAUCAAUGAAUCAGGCGUUACAUUUUCUGGUAUUGCUGAUGGUCUUUAUACUCUGCACAUUCGAACAGAAACAUCAGCUUUAAUUGCUAGCAAUUUUAAUCCAAAUUAUACAAUAAUUAAAGAUUUAUUUGAAAUUCGUACACCAAGUAUAUUUACUUUUAAGGUAACUAAAAAAAAUUUUUUUCAAUUUUAUAAAUACAGUCGGGUACCUUAUUUUUAUAUAUGCCCAAAAUUUUGGCUAAUUUUUAAUUUAGGAGAUACAUUUUUUUUCAAAAUUUGGUUUAUCAUUGGGUGGGUGAGUGGAGCUAUUUAA